AUGGCGUCGCACAACAUCGACCCUCUGCGCGCCCUCCUGCACCCCACGACGCGCCACGAGACUGCCCAGGCCGUGUUCGCCGCCAACUGCACGGCUCUCGCAUACACCAGCGUCGACGUUGUCGGCGAGCUGCCGCACGAUCCGCUUCCGCCGCCGCUCACGCCUCCCGGCUGUGCCUUCUUGUUCCUCGGCGAGGAGACUACGCGGCCGGCGCACAAAGCAGCUGCCGGCGCCGGGCACCCCACCACCGUCUUCCUCGACUCGAAGCUGCGGCCGACUGCUCCCCUCCACGCGCUCGAGCGCUUCCUUGCCGGCGCGCGUUUUGCUCUCCGCUAG